UGUGAGAUUAUUACAUGUGUUAUGAAGUGUUUUUCGUGUACUAUAGAUGAAGCAUAAUUUUAUUCCAGGUGUUGAAGGACAGCAUUGCAUGGCUGGACAACUGGGAGAAAUACAUCAAGACAUUACCGACCCAGAGGCAAGUCUGCUUUCUGAGUAAGCAGACAUGUGGAGCCCUCAAACUGACACUGCAUAGCUCAGUUGCACUCAUCGAGAGCUUGCUGUUGUCUGGGUUUCGUUACGUUCUCGUUGGGAACUUCGGACAAGAUCCUCUAGAGAGGUUUUUCGGCAUCGUCAGGCAUGUUGCUGGUGACGGAGGGCAGCCGACUGUGCAACAUUUUUUGUUCAUCUAUCGGAUGCUCUCUGUAAACAACCUAGUUCGGCCGCCAAAACGGGCUUCGGUCGAGGGAGAUGGACCCCAGCUGUUGCUCAAGCUCCAGGGCCUCUUUGACAAGGGAAAACCUGCCUCCAGUCAGAUUGACAUGUUGGCGGUCCUCUUUGAUGACGUUCUUGAGGAGCCGGGAGAGGCAGUGAACAAUGCAUCCGUGCCUGAAGUUACGCUCUCCACCAAAGAGUGCAUUCUUGAUUAUCUUGCCGGUUACGUGGUAAAGAAGUUUUCAACGAUAAGCUGCACUGACUGCGUGGGAACACUCAAGAGCCAGACACGAGAGCCAAUCGACCUAAUCCAGAAGAAGUCAAGAGGAUUCCUGCAAGUGCCCUCAUCCCAGCUUCUCAGCCUGUUGCGCAUUGUGGAAGGACAUGUUGAAGAACUGACUGUGGACACAGUUGCAUGUGCCGAUGUGUAUGCGAACAUUGUUGACCAAGUUUUGCUCGACAGCCGCAUUGCUUCUGCUGGUGUGGGCUGUAGGUUGCACUAUGUGGGUACCACAGCAGAGGUUGUUCAUUUUUUCUUGAGGUGCCGCCUGCACUUUUACACCAGGGAAAAAAACAAGCUGACACGAGCGACGCGGCGAGCAAACUGCCCAGCAAAUGGUGGCAACAAGCCCCAUGGGUAGCAGAUGUUCUGUUUGUCAUGCUAUGUAAAGCCCAACUGUUGUGUUUUGUGUUUGCUAGUGACAAAAAACACUUGCACAUUUGUGUUCCUAGUUGCUUGUGUGACGUUGUUUAUUUCCUUUAUCCGCCAUGCUAUUGCCGUAAACUUGUAUGAAUAAACACUUGCACCACAGCC